UUACGCACCAUAUUGUGGAAAAAUUCCUUACUGAGAUGAACUAAGUUAUAACAGACUAUCUCACUUAUACUGAGGAAGACUUUUAUUAACUCCAUUUGUGUAAUGGAAGGCUUUAUUAAAUUGUUUAGUCUUUAUCCAUUACGGAAUGUCCUAUUUAAAUUUCAAAGACAUAUUCGUUCAAGGGUAGGAGAGGUAAUAAAACUCUCUUACGUAUACUCAACUAUAUAAACCUGCAUAUUAUAAAACCCUGCCAAUAUAAAGUAAAUUGCUUUCAUUGUAAUGGAAAAAAUAUAGAAAGUGCUUUUAAAAGGUUAUAUCCAUGCAGAUCUUAUUCAUAUAUUAUCUUUAUACAAAAAAUAAAUGUGGAGGGAAAGGAUAAAAAAAAAUAUUUUCUUCCGAACAGACAGUAAACAGAUUAUGUUUCCUGAAUGAUUUAUAUUAUUAUUAAGCUAUUCAUGCAGUGUGUGUUAAAUGCUUCCUGACAGAAGGAAGAAUUAUUGAAGACAAUAUAAUUUUAUGUGACAGUAACAUUCUAUGUUAGAACACUAUCAGCAAAUAGUGUCUGUGUAAUGUGUGUCAUAGUGGUAAUGAUGUUCUAACACACAAAUAAUAUCAUACAAAGAAAUUUAAUGUUUGUAGUUUAUGUACUUAUGAGUUUCCAAGUAUAGUUAAUAAGUAGUUUCUUAGUACACUGGCAAUGUAUGUGAAAUAAUUUUCUAAAGCAAACAAGAGUGGCCAAUAGUUAAUACUUUUUUAUAUUAGCUUGAAAUUUAUUUCUUGCAGUACAUGUAAUCAGAAUUUUUCAUUAAAUUGUUGAAAUUUUUCUGCUUUUAGUUGAGAUACUUAGCUUAUGCAGCAUGGGCGAAAAAUGUUUUUCUCAGAGAAGUCAGCUUAUUGAACAUAGUGUUAUUCAUCCUGUAAGAAAAGCUUAUUCUUGUAGUAUAUGCAAUAAAAGUUUUUCAUGUAUAGGUAAUCUAACUUCUCACUUUCGUACUCAUACUGGUGAUAAACCGUAUUCUUGUAGUGUAUGUGAUAAGAGAUUCUCACGAAGAGAUGCACUUAUUCGACACAGUCCUGUUCACACUGGUGAGAAACCUUAUCGUUGUAGUGUAUGUAAUAAGAAUUUUUCAAAUAGAAGUACACUGAUUGGCCACCAACGUGUUCAUACUGGUGAGAAACCAUUUUCUUGUAGUAUAUGCAAUAAGAGUUUUUCAGGAAGAAGUGUACUGACUAUACACAGGCGUGCUCAUACUGGGGAGAAACCUUUUUCAUGUAGUAUUUGUAAUAAGAGUUUUUCAGAGAGAGGUGCACUGACUAUACACGGUCGUGUUCAUACUGGUGAGAAACCGUAUUCUUGUAGUGUAUGUAAUAAGAGUUUUUCACACAAAAGUAGUCUGACUAAACACAUUCUUGCUCACGCUGUUUAGAAGCUAUAUUCUUAUAUUUGUAAAGAUAAUAUGUUACAUAAGGACUGUCCAGGUAAUCGCACUUGUAUUCAUACCUGUGAAAAACUUCAUUUUGUAGCAUAUGUAAAAAGAGUUCUUUUCAAAAGGCUGAUUUCUGUUUGUAUUCACAUUGGUGAGGAAACCUUUUUGCUGUAGCGUAAUGUAAUAAGAGUUUUUAUCUCAAAAAUGUUCUCUAACUUAACAUAAUCUUAUUCAGAAAAAUGAUUCGCCAUAUUUUAGAAGUAUAUUUUGAAGGAGUUUUCAAUAAUACUGAUCAUUACCAUUAGAGUUCAUACUUGUGAGGUAUGUUAUUCUAGCAAUAUAUGCAAUAAGUGUUUCUCAACAAGAACUAAUCUUACUAAUCCAGUGUUUUCAUUACAGAAAAAUAAUGGGAGAGAAUUUCUCACCCUUUCUCAAAAACAGGGUGAGAUUUCAAAAAAAUAAAAUAACACGAAUAUUUCUAAUAAAGAAAAGAAUAAGAAAAGGAAUAUUUCUUUAAUUAUAAUACAUUUUUAACAUCUUUUAAUUUCCAAACCAUUGAAUAUUUUUGCUGCAUCAUCAUAUGGAAAAAGUUCUAUAUCUACAUUUUCAGCAGCAAUUCUCAUUGGGUUGCCCAAAUGCUCAUCAGUCAAUCUGUUACAAUAUUUUGUUUUAAUUCGGUUUUGGGUGGUAAAUGACCUUGCAACAGAUGCUGAACUAUUCGAAAUGACUAAUUAAAUUUGUAGCAUUGUGCACACACUUUCCUAUCCUCUACAUCUGCCAGCAUAGGCUUCUCAAUUAUUUCUGUUUUAGUGUGAAGUCCGUUGAAGUUAUUUCCAUGUUCUUACUUCUUGUUAGAUCUUCCAGCUUAGUUUUCGCAGACUUCAACUUUUACAAAUUGCUGCAAAUUGUCGGUGAGGGAACCUUAUUAUAAAGGACUUAUUUUUUUUCAACACUUGUCGUAGCUGUUUUCAUGUUUUUUUCAAAAUGGCGUAAGAAGAAAUUUUUUCCAAAAUUCGAGAGAUUCGUGCAUUUUAAAAUUGAAAUAUAGAGAGCGCAAAUUGCUCACGUUAAACAUUUUUGAUGCGAGAAAGGAAAAAAAUGCCCUGUAGUGAAAACAUUUCUAAUCAUAGAUUUAUUGAUCCUAGUGAGAAACAUUAUUCUUGUCGUAUAUGUCCAAAGAGAUUUUCCUUUAACUUAUCAUAUUCCGACUUGUACUGGUGUAAGUUAUGAUUUAUUGCAGCACGUUUCAGUAUAGAUUUUCACUGUGUAUUAAAAUGACUGAACACUGUCUUCUCUAGACAGUCAUUCUGUUUUGUAUUUAUUCAUAAGCAAUGUCUUUAAAAUAAACUUUAAUAUAGAAAAGUUAAGAAUUUAAAUUUAAAAAAAAAAGCUUUACAAACACAUUUUAUUGGAACUUGGAUGCUGGAUAACAUUACUUAACCACCAGCUAUACUGGUCAAAAUCAUAAAUUGUUAUUUAUUCUCUCACCAUUAGUGUCCUAAGUUGAAGGUAAUAUUCGGUAUUUUUCCCGAAAAAUUGAAAUAGCAAUUUUAUAUGAAAAUAUCAUGCAGCUUCAUUUACUUAAUGAAUCCUUUGUAGCACACAUUGUAUAAUUAAAAUUUUUUUAUAUUUUUUGCUAUUAUUUUAAAUUCUGAUUAGUUACAAAACAAAAUUUAACAGCCCUUGAUUAUAACAAAAUAAUUUAUAUUAUAAUUAAAGGGGAGAAGAUUUAAGGUGUUAAAAGUAAAUUUGAUUUUAUUGCAAUCAUGAAAGCUUUAGAGAAAGUGGUAAAGAUUGCUUCAUAAAAUCUAUUUCUUGUUUUUCAAUCCAUAGAUUUUCCACUUGUUCACUAUUUUUGAAAUCUCACUUUAAUGUAAACAAAAAUAUUGCUUUUAUAAAUAUUAUGUCAGUCAUUUAAAGUUUUAGUUAUCAUAAAUUUUUUAAAUCGCAUUUGAACGUUUUUGAACCUAUAUUCUAUCAAACUUAUGAAGAAUGCAAAAGAUUACUCAAACUGUUAAAAAAUAAUCAAAAUUAGUAAAUCAGAAUUCAGUUUUUUUUAAUUCCAAAAACUAUUUAAAUAAAUAAUUAAGUUUAAUAAAUAAAUAUGCAAAUGUUUUUAAUGUGCCAUUUUAAGUAGCUGCCCAGUUCAUGAAUAUUCCUUAAAUAACUUUUUUGUUGUAAAGUCUUUAUGUAUAAGUGUCGGAUAUUAAUUUGUAGUUCUUUUCUUAUAAUGGUUCAGCAAAUUUUCAAUAUUUUGUUAUAAAUAUUUCUAUUUUUCUAUAUACGGUUGAAAUAAAAGGCACUUUAUUUAAUUUUAUACUCAUACUUAGGGCCCUAUAAAUUAUGCGGAAAUUUUUUUAAAAUUAUGUGGCUAGUAUGCAGCGAUUUUUAAAAAUUAUGCGGCAAGGAUGCGGUGUCUGUUAAAAAUUAUGCAUGCAGGUUGCGAAUGAUCCAGAAAACAAUUGAAACUGGAAAAAAAAUCUCUUAAAAAAGUUCAACUUUCUUUACUGUUUUAAUAAAAAAAAAUUUCAAUGAAUACAGUAAAGAUUUCAACUAAAUUACCUUCUUAUGUAUUGUACAUCCAUUUUCUACAUCAGAACAAUUAUUAAAGUUUAUUAAAAUGGAGAGAAGUUAGUCCAGAAGCUGCGUUUUCUUUCAAACUCUGUCUUUGUUUUGUAAAAUUUGGCCGUAGCAGGAUACAGCUCUUUCACAAUCUAUUGAAUUAGGAAGCACUGAGAGCACUUGUUUUCCUUUUUUUGUAAGUUCUGGAAAUCUCUCUGAGACUGCCUCUGAAUUCCAGAAUCUAAUUAAGUCCUGGUUUGAACAUUCUUUUACAUAUUCUUUGUAAACAGCAUACUCGAGUUUUAUAUCUUGACCACUCAUUCCUGGAAUAUUCUUGAAUACAUCGUCGUCCUCAAUAUUGAGGUUGACUAUUUGUUCUGGAUCGAAAACUCGAGCAGCUUUCAUGAAGUUUAAGGCAGGUUGACUAAACUUGGGCCCGCGUUUUUUGAAUACGUCUAGUUCUGGAGAGUAGUAAGUAUUCAACAUAGCAAUUGUUUUGUGAAACACUUCUUGAAGAAAUACGUUGCAUGAAUCUUUUCGUGAGUAUGAUGCCUGAAAAUUGCAUCGAAGUUUAGACCGCAGAUCAAAAAUCUUAUUGUAAGCUUUGUGAAUAGAUACACCAAAUGUUUCGAAAAAGAGAAGAGUAUCCAUUAAUAUCUGAGCAUGUUCUGCAAUGAACUGAAAGUCUUUGCAAAAGUACUUGCUUUCCACCAAAACUUUGCACUGAUUGAGACAAGCAGUGUCAGGAGUAAGGUUUAUUUCACUGCUAAAAAAUUCUAUGUAAGCAGAAGAUGAUGGUGACCUAUUGAAGAUGAUGGCGACUGAUUAGAAGCUAUGUGCCGGGGGGGGGGGAGAUUCUUGGAAAGAUCUGACCAAAAAGAUUCUUGGAAUUGAAAAAGAAGAUAUACUUCAAUUGAAAAAAAUUGCUUACGGAGAAAUUUAUCAGGUAAACGAAUACAUUUUGCUGAAAAAUAAAAAUUAUACAGAUAUGCUGCGAUUACGCGGAAAAUUGUAAAUUAUGCGGAUAAUUGUGAAUUAUGCGGAUUUCGGCAUCUUCGCAUAAUUUAUAGGACCCUACUCAUACUGUAUAUUAUGACAUAGUGGAUACAGAAAUAAAGUUUCGAAAAAUUGUCAGAUGUUUUUUAAAAUUUAUUAUUUUUAGUACAAUUACCAUAUUUUUUACAAAAUAUUUCUAUUUUUUUUGUUUACCUUCAAUUAAAAUAAAAUGACUUUACUUUAAAAUUGCAUUUGCAAGUUUCUUAAUGAAAUAAGUUUUAAAAAUUUGUAACAGACAUUCGAUAAAAUUUAUUUCUUAUUUUUUAAAAAUUUAUUGAAAGCAAAUUAGUGUUGUAGCAAUUAUAAUAAAGUAUAAUAAGUGAUUAACCCUACUUUUUGCGUAAAGUAAGGAUGUUUAACUGUUUUUAACAAUCACGUUUCUAUAGUUGAAUAACCUAGUGUUUUUUGUGUAUGUGGAAACUUGAACUGAGUACUAUUUCAGUGUACCUGUCCACGAAGCGGACACUUCACUCUUUCAUCUGUGAUUGUGCCCGUGGGCACCUGUAAUAAUGACGUUGUAAGUAUGUAAAAAAAUAUCGUCACAAAAUAUAUAGUUUUUUUGUUA